AUGAAAGUCUUAAUUGCCUUGUUCUUAAUAUCAUUGGUGUUAGCCGAGCCAAAUCUGGUUGGACAAGAAUCAUAAGCUAAAAUUCAUACUUUUUUAGGGAAGGAGAACUGCAGUGAUUGCGAAGUAAAAGGAGGUUCAUAUUGUGAAAUCAGAACAAAUACUUAUGUGUGUUGCAGAAGCGAUGAUCAUUGUCAAAAAGGAGUGGGGUGCUUAUAAGCAUUUACUGGCAUCAUAUGUUGAAAUCAUCAUCUUAUAUUAAAUAUAUAUAAAUAAAUAUAAAUAAUAUA